AUGGGUAAUUGGGCCCAAUAUUAUAUCCCAGCCGUCGCGGCCAUUGGGACGGCCAUGUAUGGUAUCGACACUGGCAUCAUCGCGACCACAAUAGGACACGCAAGCUUCAAUGAGCAUAUGUUUCCACCCGAUGGAGAAGAUGCCGCCCUGAUCGGCAAGCCUCGUGCCGUCGUCUCCGUCUAUAAUGCUGGGCAGGCUGUUGGAACCUUGUUCUCAGGCUGGACCGCCGACCGAUUCAGCAGAAGAUAUACCCUGACAAUUGCAAGCUCCAUCGCGAUCGUGGGGAUCUUACUGUCUGUGAUUGGAACCAACGUCGGAAUGUUCAUUACCGGAAGACUGCUGACAGGAUGGUCGUCGGGCAUGAUCCUCCCUGUCUCGGCGAUUUACAUGGCUGAAGUUUCCAAACCCCAAAACCGCGGUAUAGUUGUAGGUUUCCAGGGGAUGGGCACAGCCACGGGCUUCUUCCUGGCCAACUGGAUCGGAUAUAGCGGUAUUUUCUUCGAGAGCAACCUUCAAUGGCGGUUUCCCCUGAGCUUACAAUUCCCCUGUGCUGUCCUCAUGUUGGUCGGAAGCCUGGUGGUGCUGCCCUUCACGCCCCGUUGGCUUGUCUCACAGGACAGAUUCGAAGAAGCUCGUGCAGUCCUGGCGAGAAUUCACUGUGAUGAAGGCGAGGAGUUUAUCGACCAAGAAAUGAUCCAGAUUAGGGAACAGACCGCACUUGAGAGGAGCUACAAACGAGUCGGGGGCGAAAAAUGGUACAGCAACUUUUUGAUGCUAUUCACGAAACAGUAUAUCAAAAGGGUGGGGUUCGUUUGCUUUAUUCAAGCCCUGACGCAGUUCGGUGGGGUGACGGUGAUCCGCGACACAGCCUUGCUGAUCAGUGGCAUCUAUGGCAUCAUGGGCCUCACUGGGCAGAUCAUCAACCUCCUUGUCGUAGCCGAUCGCUGGCGCAGAACCACCACACUCUGGGUAGGCUGUCUUGUUCUCGCAAUCAUGCUGGCCAUCUGCGAGGCCCUCAGCGCUUUGUUCGCAGAUGGCUCCAACCAAGCCGCUUCACGCACCACGAUUGCAUUCAUCUUCCUCUAUUCAGCCUUCUUCGCCAUCUUCUUCAACUCAACAAUGUGGGUCGUCUGCUCUGAGCUCCUGCCAGUCUUCAUCCGGUCCAGCGGCUUGGCUGUAGGGACUUUUGCUUCGGGAGUCGCUUCCAUUAUCAUCUCCCAGAUCACGCCGGCCGCUCUGGAGAACAUCUCAUGGAGGUACUAUAACGUGUUCAUCGCUGCGAAUCUUUUGGGUGUUGUAGUCUACCUCUUCUUCCUCCCUGACACGAAGGGCAAGACUCUUGAGGAGAUUGGCGAGCUAUUUGGCGACACGCUCGCCACUGCUCAUAUAGGGGACAUUGAUGUCGACGGAAAGCAUGGAGCAGGUGUGAUCGAGCUCGAGAACGCUAACUACACUAGGGAUAGGGAGGUUUGA